AUGGGAUCACAGCUUUGGGUGUUCGGUGUGAUGUUGUCGCUUACCGCAACAUUAUUCGGUACAUUGGGCAAGGUGCUACUCAAGCUGUCGCACACAUCGUCACAAGCGCUGUCGAUCAAGGCGGCGGCCACUGUGUGCGUGUUUCUGCUCAAUCCUGUCUUCGACGCAAUAAGUUACGUGUACGCAGCGCAGUCCAUCUUGGCGCCCAUGGCCGGCUUUAGUGUGCUGUGGAACAUCCUGCUGUCACCUUAUCUGCUCAAUGAAAAGCUGUCUACACAGGAUUUGAGAGGAUCGGCGAUCAUUUUGCUAGGCUGCCUGCUUGUCGGCAUUUCCGGAAGUCACGACACGCCGACGCAUCACAGUACCGAGCUAUAUGCACUCUUUCAGAGCCGCAUUUUUGUCGAGUUCGCUGCUCUCGUAGUGUGCACUGCUGUGGUGCUGGUGUGGGUAAUUUUCAGCUACGAGAAAAAGAGCGGCUGGAGGAGGUUUGCAUUUGGUGCUCUAUCUGGCCUCAUUGGUGGCAAUCUCUUUUUCCUCAAGGCUUCGGUUGAGCUGAUUGCUGAAGGUGGAGCUAUUUGGUCCAACCCACACACUUACGUCAUUUUUUUGGCAGCCUUGUUGUCAGCAGGAGGUGGUAUCUACGUCCUGGACCAAGGCCUUCGCGAGUACGAUGCGCUUUACCUCGUCGCUAUCUACCAGGCUUUUCUGAUCGUGAUUGGUUCCGUUUCGGGCGUGAUCUUCUUCCAUGAGAUUUCCGGAAUGAAUUCAUGUUGGCAGCUCAUAAUGUAUCCCUCCAGCAUCGCCACGACGGUGGGUGGCAUUAUCGUCUUGUCAGAAAAGCACGCGGAGCACUGUGACCUGGUAUAUCUCAACGGCGCUAUCCAUGGAAACAAUCAAGGUGAGAUGUUGCCGCUCAUCGUUUCACAGAACGAUGACGUUAAGAAAGGAUCGCAACACGGCUCCAUCGAGUUUGUUUAA